AUGACCACCGAUGUGUACCAGCAGGCCAACGACCUCGACGGUCUUUUCGACGAUGUCGACGACGAGAUGGCCGAGAUGGGCGAUAUGGGCGAUAUGGGCGAUUCAGCAGCCAAUACACCCCUCGACCAGAGUUUCACUGUGCCGGGAGAGACAAAUGAUGAACUCAGCGCGCUGUUGAAUGAAGGUGGUGGCGAGGGCUUCAACUUGGAUGAGUUGAAUGAAAGAGAACUGGAGCAGGGCGAGAAGGCGGAUGAUGCGGUGGAUUACGAAGACAUCGGCGACGAUGAUUCGUUACCUGAGGAAGAGCCGACGCAAGUUGAGAUAACAACCGACAUGCUGCCUGGAAUUGAGGAGAACGCUUUAGAUGGCCUGGACGACGACGACCUGUUCGGCCCUUCUAGUCCCAUCCUGGUCAAUGCACCGCCGCCGGUUGCUGCUCCUUUGAAACUCGACGACAAACCCGCGAAGGAUGCGGACCAAGAGUCGGAUCUUGCCUCUGAGCAUGGCGACGAAGCAACACAGGACCUGUCGAUGCUGGAGGCUGAACUGGAUGAGGUUGAAGAUGCAGAGUAUCGCAUACAGCUGGCGCUCUUCGCACAAUCCGGUAAAGGCUACAUUCCGAAAACGGAGCAGGAGAACAUUGAAGAAUGGUUGAAAGUCGAGUUUCCCAAGUUCAAGCGUGACGAGGCACCAUAUUUCAAUGAGCUUUUCCCUCCCCGACCGCACAAGUGGCAGGGGAAAGCGCCGUUGAAGCCUCCAAAACAAGUCCGCCCAACCAAAGUCAACCUGGAAAUCGAGCAAGACCAGAGGGUGGCGUUCAAUUCGGUGGCCCCGAUUCAAACGACAGAUGUUGGCGCGGAUUUUGUGAAGAUUCGAGAAGUUGCAGUCCCUGUGGAGGCUGCAGAGUCAUCGGAAGAAUCCGAUGCUGACGAGCCUCUCCCUGGCGGAUUCACGAUGCGUGAUCUGGAAUUCAUGUGCACUGACUUCGAUACGCUGUCGCACCUGGCACCUUCAGACGAGGAAUUUGUCGAGAUCAGCCCUCGAAUUGUCGACAGCGACGAAGAGGUGUUUGGUUUCGAUAAUUAUCAUGAUCUGGAGAAGCCCCGCAAGAGGCGCCGCCUUGGGUUGGAUCCACAGGAUAUCGUCAAAAUCCGUGAGCUCGACGUCCCCUCCUUCGACGAGCCCGAGAAAAUGACCGCCAGACUCGCCACCAAGGUCGUUCUGGACUUGAAUGACACCGAUCUCCUUGUUGAAGAGGUCGAUCCAGAGGCCCUCAGAGCAAAGAACCGUCCCGGCGAGAAGCAACCCACCAUCAAAACGCUCAAGGAACGCCUUCAAUAUCGCUUCAAAACCUCGAAUGAUGCCGAAUAUGACCUUCUUAAGCAGAAUCAGAGGCAUAAGGUUCGAGGCCAACUCACCAAUCUGACCAUUGAACACUCGCUUCCUGCUAUCCGUUUGCAAUACCCCUAUUACCAAGUCCAGUUGUCCCUUCAAGAGUUGCGCAAUUACCACCGGAAGCGCAUGCACUUCAGACACCCUAUAGUAUUUCGGCAACCGGCAAAGAUCAAGAGAAAGCACCAAAAACAUCGAUCCGCCUUGGAGCUUUAUCCUACCACGAAAGAGAUUUCGAUGGCCGACAAUUCUUCGAUCAUUCUCCUCGAAUAUUCCGAAGAGCAUCCACCGAUGCUUUCUCAAACAGGCAUGGGUAAUAAGAUCAUUAAUUAUUAUCGCAAGAAGAGCAAUGAAGACAACUUUAGGCCGAAAUAUGAUAUCGGCGAGACCUCGCUGUUGCUGCCGGAGGAUAAAUCUCCCUUCCAUAUCUUCGGCCAAAUCGAUCCGGGCGAAACGGUAACAGCUCUCUAUAACUCCAUGUAUAGAGCCCCCGUCUUCUCCCAGGAUGUCAAUUCCCACGAUUUCUUGGUCAUUCGAGAGACAACGGGAGUGCACGGGCAAAGCCACUAUUUGAGGAACCUCGAAAACGUUUUCGUGGUUGGACAAGAACUGCCUUCGGUUGCCGUACCCGGAACACAUUCACGCAUGGUCACAACUGCCUCCAAGAAUCGACUGAAAGCCAUCUCAUACCGCAUCGCUCGCAAAAAAAGAACGAACCGCAUCCAUGUCGAAGAUAUUACGAGACACUUCCCAGGCACGACAGACAUGCAGAACCGACAAAAGAUGAAGGAGUUCAUGGUUUUCAACAAAGAAUUCAAGGAAUGGGAAAUGAGGCCGGGAGACAAGGUUCCGAGUGAAGAGCAAAUCCAAAGUAUGAUUCGGCCGGAAGAUAUCUGUCUUCUCGAGUCAAUGCAAGUCGGCGCACAGUAUCUCCAGGAUGCCGGGUAUGCAGACAAUGAUGAGGAAGAUGACACAAAAGAAAAUGACGCCGAUAGUGUCGAGCAGCAACUCGCGCCGUGGAGAACGACAAAGAACUUCCUACAGGCUACCCAAGGCAAGGCCAUGCUCAAGUUAUUCGGAGAGGGUGAUCCCUCGGGCCGCGGUGAGGCAUUUUCGUUCAUCAAGACAAGCAUGAAAGGUGGAUUUCGACCAAUUGGUGGCUCUGCUAUGGAUGCAAUUGCUUUGAAGAGGGAACUCGGCGGUCACAGCUAUAAUGUCGCGCGGCAACAGAAAUCCUACGAAGAAUCUAUUCGCGGGAUCUGGGACAAACAGAAGGCUAGUCUAGGGUCGAAGAUUGAACCGUCAGACCUCGACAUGGACGGGGAUGUUGAUGCACAAGAAGAUAAAUAUCCGGAGAGCCGGUCGAAUCUCCGAGCAACACCAAUGUCGGGAACGCAGACACCCUCGAUCUCGAGACGGCGAGAUGACGAUACGGCUACCUCAUUCAGUAGACGCAGUGUCGGCAGUCAGGCUCAAAAAGCGCUACGGAUUGUGCGCCGCGUCAAAACCAAAGAUGGUGAAAUCGUCGAGCAAGAACACUUUGAAACUGACCCGGCAGUGAUCAAGCGAUAUAUCAAGAUUAAGGAAGCGGAAGAUAUGCAGACCACAAGUGAACUCGAACCUACCGGCGAUCCAGAGCUGGAUGCACGGCGAAAGAAACGACUCGAAGAUGCUCUCGCGCAACUCGAGAAGAACAAAGCCCGUCGGCAAAAGCGCAAUAAGAACAAGGAAGCCCUCCUAGCCGCUACCUCACCCGGCGGCACAGCCAUGUCUCCAGACGCGGAUGGAGUUGGUGGCGGCAGAAAUUCGCAUCCCACGCAGCGGAAGUGUGCGAAUUGUGGCCAGGUAGGCCACAUCAAGACCAACAAAAAGUCAGUCACCCACGUUAAGUGUAACAAUUGCCAUCUCCCCAUUGAUCGCAAGGUUGGAUCCCUGUGGCUGAGUGCUCCGAACUUCUCUGGUUGA